CUGGCAAUGUUGCAGCAUCAGUUCCAUCGCACCAUCAUCGCACUCUUAACCCAAUUCACACACAACACACAAAGUACAAUGUGCAAGACAAUUUACUUCUCGUUGGCCUUCCUUUUGGCCCUCUGCGCUCUGGCCACCGUUGAGUCCAUCGACAUACGUAUGUGCAGCACCCAACUGAGCGAUAUGCUCGCCCGCCUCUGCGAGGGCACAGGCAAGAAGGGCUACAAUCGCAUGAUUGAACGCAAACGCAGUGGCAAUCCUCUUGUCGACUUUGAUCCCCUCGAUCCCAUUCAGUACAUCGAGCAGAAGGAGUCACCCAACUCGGCUGAGCUCCUCGCAUAUCCCAUGAUCAGCAAUGGACGCAUGCACAGCAUCUUCCGGCCAGAGAACGCUCUCAGCUCGCUGACUGCCACACGACGACGCACUCGUGGCGACAUCGUCGAUGAAUGCUGUGCCCGGGCUUGUCGCACCUCCGAGUUGCUAGCUUAUUGCGCCGCCUAGAUCCAGUUUACCAUUCUCUGAUAUCUCCAUUCGAACCCCCAGCACCGCGAUCAAAGUACACUUUGCAACAGAUUGAACCUUGAGGACCUGAAACGUAGCCUUGUUGCACUAUGCAACAUGCAUUUAGCACUGUAUUUAUACUAUUAGAAACGCUUGAAAUAAAAUUGAACUGCAUAAAUUA